AUGGACGUAAAGACUGUUGAUUUCACACCCUUCACUGACCAGAAACCUGGGACCUCCGGCCUGCGCAAGAAGGUCACGGUAUUCCAGAAGCCGAACUACAGCGAGUCCUUUGUCGCAAGCAUCCUACUGUCCAUUCCCGAGGGCGCUGAAGAUGCCUUUCUCGUAAUUGGCGGCGAUGGGCGAUUCUGGAACCCCGAGGUGAUCCAGCUGAUCGCCAAGAUGAGUGCGGCAUAUGGCGUCAAGAAAGUUCUGAUCGGUCAGGAUGGCAUCUUGUCGACGCCAGCUGCCAGCCACCUCAUCCGCAAGCGCAAGGCCACCGGUGGCAUCCUCCUGACUGCCAGCCACAACCCCGGCGGGCCCCAGAACGACUUCGGCAUCAAGUACAACCUCGCGCACGGUGGCCCCGCGCCCGAAUCGGUGACGAACAAGAUCUUCGAGACUUCCAAGACACUGGGGUCGUACAAGAUCGCCAGCAUCUCCGACGUUGACAUAUCCACACUGGGCACCAAGACGUACGGGAACCUCGAGGUCGAGGUGGUGGAUAGCACGGCCGACUACAUGGAGAUGCUCAGGGAUAUCUUCGACUUUGACCUGAUCAAGAAGUUCUUCGCAACGCAUAGCGACUUCAAGGUUCUUUUUGACGGCAUGUCGGGUGUCACCGGGCCAUAUGGCAAAGCGAUCUUCGAGAAGGAGCUUGGUCUCGGCCCUGAGUCCACCCAGAACUGCGAGCCGUCGCCCGACUUCAACGGCGGCCACCCGGACCCCAACCUGACUUAUGCGCACGAGCUCGUCGAGGUUGUUGAGAAGAAACAGAUCCCCUUCGGCGCCGCCUCGGAUGGAGACGGCGAUCGGAACAUGAUUUACGGUGCUGGUGCCUUCGUGUCCCCCGGUGACAGCCUGGCCAUCAUUGCUCACCAUGCCAAGCUGAUUCCGUAUUUCAAGAAGAAUGGGGUCUACGGGUUGGCUCGCAGCAUGCCCACGUCCGGGGCCGUUGAUCUGGUGGCGAAGAAGCAGGGCCUGGACUGUUACGAGGUGCCCACGGGGUGGAAGUUCUUUUGUGCCCUGUUCGAUGCCGACAAGCUGUCUAUCUGCGGCGAGGAGUCGUUCGGGACCGGAAGUAACCACAUCCGGGAGAAAGACGGCCUCUGGGCAAUUGUGGCCUGGCUUAACGUCAUCGCAGGUCUUGGCGUGGCGAACCCUGGUGUUGCGCCGAGUAUCAAGCAAAUCCAGAAGGAUUUCUGGACCGAGUAUGGUCGUACCUUCUUCACCCGCUAUGACUAUGAAGACGUCGAUGCGGAUGGCGCCAACAGGGUGGUCGGUGUUCUAAAGGACCUAGUGGCCGACUCUAACUUCAUCGGCAGCAAAGUGGGAGACCGCACUGUGACCGGGGCCGGCAACUUCUCUUACACCGACCUGGAUGGCUCGGUAUCGGCAAACCAGGGCCUGUACGCCUGCUUCUCAUCCGGUAGCCGGAUUGUCGUUCGACUCUCCGGGACCGGCUCAUCGGGCGCCACGAUUCGCCUGUACAUUGAACAACACAGCAGCGACCCAGCCACGUAUGGCAUGGAUGCACAGGACUUCCUGAGGCCCGAGAUCAAUAUGGCGACGGAGCUCCUAAAGUUCAAGGAGUUCAUCGGUCGGGACGAGCCGGAUGUGAAGACGUAG